ACAAAUAAUUUGCGCACAAAACUACAAAAAAAAAAAAGGAAAAAAAGAAAGAAAGAAAAAAGAAAUGGAAGUAGUGGCGGUAAAGGUAACCGCUAUCCUCCAUAAACAACCACCACCACCACUUCCACUCAUUCUCACACAGCCAAUCCACCACCUCAAUUUCCGCCACAAACUCACCGGCGUGAAUCUGAGCAAAAGCUGUUUAACAACUUGUAGCACAAGUGCAGCUGCAAGCGGUGAGAUAAUAAAUGAUGAUGUGCUGCCAUUAGAGGUGAGUAAGAUAAAAGAAAUAUGUAGCAAAUGGGAAUGGAGAGGAUAUGGUGUCAAUUACUUGAAAUAUGAAAUUAAUAAUAAAUCAAACUCACCUCCUCCGUUACUUCUUGUUCAUGGCUUUGGUGCCUCUGUUGCUCAUUGGCGCAGGAAUAUUCCCACAUUGGCUCAGACUAGCACAGUUUAUGCAAUUGAUCUUCUUGGUUUUGGUGCGUCCGAUAAACCUAUAGGUUUUCAAUACACCAUGGAAGCAUGGGCUGAGUUGAUAUUGGAUUUCUUGAAUGAAGUUGUCCAAAAGCCUACGGUACUGGUAGGAAACUCUGUUGGAAGUCUUGCAUGUGUUAUUGCAGCUGCAGAUGCUCAGAACUCGCUGGUUCGAGGGCUUGUUCUGUUAAACUGUUCGGGUGGCAUGAAUAAUAAGGCAAUAGUUGAUGAUUGGCGUAUUAAGCUUGUAUAUCCUUUGUUAUUGCUUAUUGAUUUCUUGUUGAAGCAAAAAGGAAUUGCAUCAUUCAUCUUUGAACGGGUCAGGCAAAGAGAAAGUCUUAAGAACAUCCUAUUGUCAGUUUACGGAAACAAGGACUCUGUGGACGACGAUCUCGUACAGAUAAUCAGGGAACCGGCACUUGAUGAAGGGGCACUUGAUGCCUUUGUGUCUAUUGUGACCGGGCCACCAGGACCCAACCCGGUGCAAUUGAUGCCAAACAUUAAAUUACCUGUCCUAAUCCUCUGGGGAGAUGAAGACCCCUUUACACCUCUUGAUGGACCUGUUGGUAAAUACUUCUCGUCGCUACCAUCUAAAGUUCCAAAUAUUAGCCUUUCUGUUUUACCAGGUGUUGGACACUGCCCUCAUGAUGACAGACCAAACUUGGUCCAUGAUAAACUGGUUCCGUGGCUGGCAGGUCUUCCAUCCUCAUAAAUAUAUUCUUUCGCUUCACCAUUAAACUCUCAGGUAUCUGUAACUGUAUAUUGUUUAAGUAUAUCAGUAAACAGAUUGGUUCAAGGCUUUGCCUCGAUUCUACCAAUUAUUGUUGCAGUUGAAGAUGGCUACUGUUGUUUAUAGUUUUUUCAA